AUGUCUUUGGAAAGCACCAAGCCUAAGGAUAGUAGACUAGCCAGUCUGGACCAGGAGGUGAAUGCCCUUGUUCACACAUAUCAGGCCAUCAAGACACCCAGAACAGUCAUCCACCUAUCAAAGACUCCUGGCUACUGGGAGCUUUUUAACCAUGUGUUUGAAUACCACAUUGGCCUUAUCAAAACGCGCUCCCAGGACUUCGAGGAUGGCCAAAUCACAGUAUACGACAAGGCAUUGCUGAUACUUACCGACAACGGGAACAGCCUAUCUCACUUCGGAGCCAUGGAACUGUUCAAGGACGAGAUAUUGGGUAUAAGGAAUGACAACGAUAUGGGGAAACUGGACGCGUUGUUUAGCAAGAACAUUGCUUUACGCGCCAUUCUUGGCCAUGUUACUGGAUGGAGGAAGGAGACAGUCCUUGAGAAUAUUCAGGACGAUGCGACGACGCCGGUUUUCGAGAGCAAGCAGUCUAGCUCACAGAAGUAUCCAAUUUCCCACGCCAUGACGUCUUUGAAUGCUAUAACCAGGAAGAUAGAGCUCGCUGAGAAGUGGACAUAUUUGGCAACGGCUCAGUCAGAGAACCUCUAUAGGAAGAACCCAGCAAAAGUGCGUGACAGCGCGGAGGUUCUGCUUCGUCACUACCGUGAUUAUGACCCAACGAACCACAUGGUCCCCGAAGUGAAGAAAGCCUUGAGAAUGGCUGAAGCCGAGAUCGCGGAUGCGAACAGAGGGAAAAAGCGAUCAUUUGAUGUGUCAGACAAGGGGUCUGUAGACCACCGCAGCAGUCGGUCUUCAACUCCUGUAGCUACAGCGCCCGUUUCACGCACACGCCGACGUCGACGGGGAAUCCGUGAGCGAGCCGACUGCUACCGGCCAUAG